AUGAUGUCUACAUCAUCCAAGUCAGCGGCCGCUAUACUCCAACGACAAUAUAAAGAUUUGACUGACCCCAGAACAGGAAUCCCAUCUUUUCAUAUUGAGUUGGACGAUGACAAUAUCUUUCUUUGGAAUAUUGGAAUCUACAUUCACAACACUUCCAGCAUGUAUAACGGAGGUUAUUUCAAGGGUCAAAUGAGAUUCCCACCGGAUUUCCCCUUCUCGCCCCCCACUUUCCGGUUCACUCCAGCCAUUUAUCAUCCAAAUGUUUAUCGAGAUGGUAGACUUUGCAUUUCAAUAUUGCAUCAAGGAGGUGAUCCCACUGCAGAUGAACCAGACCUGGAAACCUGGUCCCCAGCGCAAACAGUAGAACUGGUGCUUAUCUCUAUUAUUUCACUUUUAGAAGAUCCAAAUCCUUCUUCAGCUGCUAAUGUUGACGCUGGGGUUGACUUACGUAAGAACCCAGACGCAUAUAAGAAGAAGGUAUUGCAAGAAGUAGAGAGACUGAAAAAGGAUAUCCCUGAAGAUUUUGUUAUUCCUGAUCUGGAACAUUCAGCAUAUGGUAAUUCAAACGCUAUCAACGCUUAUGAUGAACCAGAACCAGUGGAUGAAGACUUUUGGUAUGAAAGUGAAGGAGAUGACGAUGAUGAUGAAGUGGAAUCAUUCGAUGAAGAAAGCUUGAUGGAUGAUAACAUGGAGGAUGACGACGAUGAUGAUGUUGAAGAUGAAGAUGAAAACUCAGAUAUCAAUCUUGUUGGAAAGUGA